AAUUGUGUUUGGUGGGGAUUUCAGGCAAGUUCUACCUGUUGUGAGAAAUGGAACAAGAGCUCAAAUGAUUGAUGCAUCCUUGAUAAGGUCUCCACUAUGGAACCAUAUUUCGGUUCUGCAAUUGAGAGAAAACAUGAGAUCUAGACAUGACAAUGGAUUCGCUAAUUUCUUACUCUCUAUUGGAAAUGGCGAUGAACCUACCAUUUCAGAUGAUAUGAUAAAAUUGCCGAGUAACAUGGUUAUCCCUACUGUUGCUGAUACCUCGAUUGAUGGGUUGAUUGAUCAAAUUUUCCCCAAUCUAAAUGAACACAUCGGUGAUGGAAAUUUUAUGGUUGAAAGAGCAAUCAUCACUCCAUUGAACGAAAAUGCUGAUAGAAUCAAUGACAAGGUUAUCGAACGAUUUCUCGGAGAAGGACGAACAUACUACUCAUUUGAUUCAGUGCCUGAUGAUACAAGAAACCUGUAUCAACAAGAGUUCCUAAAUUCAAUUGUCGCGUCAGGACUGCCUCCACAUGUGCUCAAACUGAAACCUGGCGUUCCUCUAAUGCUUCUCAGGAAUAUCGAUCCUAAAAAUGGUCUUUGUAAUGGAACACGACUACUUUGCCAUUCGCUAAAGGAUCAUUUCAUCGAUGCUGAGAUUUUAACUGGACAUGCAAGGGGAAACAGGGUCUUUUUGCCAAGAAUUCCGUUGAAAACUGCUGAAGAUAUUAGGUUACCUUUUGAGAUGGUCAGAAAGCAAUUCCCUGUAAAGUUGAGUUUUGGUUUAACUAUAAACAAGUCUCAAGGGCAAACCAUCCCACAUGUUGGGAUAUAUCUUCCUGAUCAUGUAUUUAGCCAUGGGCAGUUGUAUGUUGCACUUUCGCGUGGAAUUUCCAAGAACACGACAAAGAUUACUGUCGACAAUGGAAAGAUUAGAGGAAAGGAAGGAGUGUUCACAAAAAAUAUUGUGUACAAGGAAGUUUUGUUACUUCCUACAUAG